AUGGCUCACAAAAAGGGAGGAGGCAGCUCGCGCAACGGCCGCGACUCGAUAGGACGCCGGCUGGGCGUCAAGCGCUACGGCGGCGAGAGCGUGCAUGCUGGUACGAUUCUCGUACGUCAGCGCGGAACGCGCGUCCAUCCCGGCCCGAACGUCGGCCGUGGCAGCGACGACACGCUGUUCGCGCGGUCUUCCGGUUUGGUCCGAUUCUACCGACGCCGUAACCGCAGCUUCGUGUGUAUCGAUGCCGCCGAGCCGGCGGAGCAGCCCGUCGCGCGCUGA